UUGUGCAUUCAGCAUUGAUCAGAAUCAUCCUUGAAUAGAUCACAUAACAUGGCAUCAUUGGCAUGCAACACGUUUAUUGUUAGCAGCACGUUAAGAUCAGUUGUUACUCGUGCGGAACCACCUAAACCUGGUCCUCUUUUCGAUCUUAGUUCAUUCAAUCGCCACAGCUUUCCGGCAGGCUUCACUUUCGGGGCAUCAUCUUCCGCGUACCAGUUUGAAGGUGCGGCAAAAGAAUAUGGUAGAGGACCAAGUAUAUGGGAUACUUUCAUCAAUCAACAUCCAGGUAAGAUAGCAGAUGGAACGAAUGGAGAUCGCGCACUUGACCAAUAUCACCGCUACAAGGAAGACGUUCAGAUCAUGAAAGGUAUGAAUUUGGAUGCAUAUAGGUUCUCUAUCUCUUGGUCAAGAAUCCUCCCAAAUGGAAAACUUAGUGGAGGUAUAAAUCGAGAAGGAAUAAAUUAUUACAACAAUCUCAUCCAUGAAUUGCAGACUAAAGGUUUAAAACCUUUUGUGACCCUUUUUCAUUGGGAUCUCCCCCAAGCUUUAGAAAAUGAGUAUAAAGGCUUCUUAUCCGAGUCCAUUAUAGAUGAUUUUGGAGACUAUGCGAAAUUUUGUUUCGAAGAAUUUGGAGAUAGGGUGAAGCAUUGGAUUACUUUUAAUGAACCGCAUAUUUUUAGCUCGCAUGGCUAUGCAUAUGGGACGAAGGCACCGGGUCGUAAGUCUCAGGGGCUCCGUCCAGACAGUGGAGGGACAGAGCCUUAUCGUGUUUCACAUAACAUACUUCUUGCUCAUGCAAAAGCUGUCCAAUUGUAUAGGAAUUCCUAUAAGGAAUCUCAAAAUGGAGAGAUAGGCAUAACCCUCGAUUCUAGAUGGUUCGUGCCCUAUUCAGAUGCUUCUUCAGACAUAGAAGCUACCGAACGAGCACUUGACUUCGAGAUUGGAUGGUUCAUGGAACCAUUGACAUCAGGAAAGUAUCCAGAAAGCAUGCAGCUUUAUGUUGGUAGACGAUUGCCAGAGUUCUCUAAAGAGGAAGCCGAGCUUGUCCGUGGAUCAUUUGAUUUUAUUGGACUAAACUAUUACACCACCAAUACCGCGCGCGUUGCCACUGGCUAUACGGACUCAGUGCAUCAUCAUCCAGAUCUAUCUACUGAUCCUAAUGUCGAACUUGGAUUAACUCGUCUCAACGGGUCGUCUCCUAUAGGUCCAGUGCCAGGUUUAGGAUGGUUAUGUGUUUAUCCCAAAGGAAUUAGAGAAUUGCUGCUCCGUAUCAAAAACCUGUACAACAAUCCCUUGAUUUAUAUAACUGAAAAUGGAAUAAAUGAAUUAGAUGAUCCUACACUAUCACCUGAGGAAUCUCUUAUGGAUUUUUACAGAAUUGAUUAUCAUUAUCGUCAUCUAUUGAAUGUUCAUUAUGCAAUGAGGGAUGGCGUGAGAGUAAAUGGAUAUUUUGUCUGGUCACUGCUGGACUGCUUUGAAUGGAGUAAUGGUUAUAUACCUCGAUUUGGAUUGAAUUUUGUGGAUCACAAAAAUAAUUUGAAGCGAUCUCCAAAACUCUCUGCAAAAUGGUUCCAGCAAUUUUUAAAAACUCGACUGCUUUGAAUGGAGUAGCUCUUAACAAUGUAAUAAAUUUAACUAUGAAUUAUUAUAUGUUUGUAUUUUCUCCAAAAGGAAAAUAUAUUCCUUAAAUUAUUCGUCCUCUAUAUAUCAUAUUUGUCCAUGUUAAAAUGAA